CUGCCACCUUCCCGUCUUCAGCAUGCCUGGUCCGACCCCCAGUGGCACUAACGUGGGCUCCUCAGGGCGCUCUCCCAGCAAAGCAGUGGCCGCCCGGGCGGCGGGAUCCACAGUCCGGCAGAGGAAAAAUGCCAGCUGCGGAACGAGGAGCGCAGGCCGCACGACCUCAGCAGGCACUGGGGGGAUGUGGCGAUUCUACACAGAAGAUUCACCGGGGCUCAAAGUUGGCCCUGUUCCAGUAUUGGUUAUGAGUCUUCUGUUCAUCACUUCUGUAUUUAUGUUGCACAUUUGGGGCAAGUACACUUGUUCAUAGAUUCGGCUACAUCCAUCUGUCUGUCAUGUGAAGAAGAAAGGAAAAAAACCCAACAUAUCUUGGACCAAAAGCAUAGUGAUUUUCUGUUCAUGAGAAAGAAAUUUUCUGUAAGCUUACUGUUUUACAGGGAACUUAAUGAAAACUGAUUUUAAGGAAUCAUUUUUUUCCUAUGGCUAAUAAACUUUUUAAUUCAUAAAAAAAAAAAAAAAAGAAA